GGAGUCAAGUGCCAUCAUUCCUUAAGUGAAGUGCGAACAGUGCGGAAGGUGGACUAUAGCCUCCUGCCAGCCUCUCACAAUAUAUACGAAGAGUUCAACAACCAUAAGCAUGGCAGCUCCAGCUAUCGGCAUCGACCUGGGCACGACCUACUCCUGUGUGGGAGUGUUCCAGCACGGCAAGGUAGAGAUCAUCGCCAACGACCAGGGCAACAGGACCACGCCCUCCUAUGUCGCCUUCACCGACACAGAGAGACUCAUCGGCGACGCCGCCAAGAACCAGGUGGCCAUGAAUCCCAACAACACUGUGUUUGACGCCAAGCGACUCAUCGGACGCAAGUUCGAGGACCCAGCCGUGCAGAGUGACAUGAAACACUGGCCCUUCACUGUGGUGAACGAAGCUGGAAAACCCAAAGUGAAGGUGGAGUAUAAGGGCGAGAAUAAGACGUUUAACCCCGAGGAGAUCUCCUCUAUGGUGUUGACCAAGAUGAAGGAGACUGCAGAGGCCUUCCUGGGUCACAGUGUGAGGGACGCCGUCAUCACCGUGCCCGCCUACUUCAACGACUCCCAACGCCAAGCCACCAAGGAUGCUGGGGCCAUCGCCGGCGUCAACGUACUCAGGAUCAUCAACGAACCAACUGCUGCUGCCAUCGCUUACGGACUUGACAAAAAAGUGGGCGGCAGAGGCGAACGUAAUGUGUUGAUCUUCGACCUUGGCGGCGGAACCUUCGAUGUGUCCAUCCUCAGUAUUGACGAAGGUGUGUUCGAGGUGAAGUCUACUGCCGGAGACACCCACUUGGGUGGCGAAGACUUCGACAACAGAAUGGUGAACCAUUUUAAACAAGAAUUCCAACGAAAAUACAAGAAGGACAUGAGUGCUAACAAGCGAGCUGUUCGUCGCCUGAGAACUGCCUGCGAGAGAGCCAAGCGAACUCUCUCGUCCUCCACCCAGGCCAGUGUGGAGAUCGACUCACUCUUCGAAGGUAUCGACUUCUACACAUCCAUCACCCGCGCCAGGUUUGAAGAACUUUGUUCAGACCUGUUCCGAGGCACACUGGAUCCAGUGGAGAAGGCACUCAGAGACGCUAAGAUGGACAAAGCCUCCAUCCAUGAACUGGUGCUGGUCGGUGGGUCGACUCGCAUCCCCAAGAUCCAGAAGUUGCUGCAGGAUUUAUUCAAUGGCAAGGAACUCAACAAGUCGAUCAACCCAGACGAGGCGGUGGCCUACGGUGCUGCUGUGCAGGCCGCCAUCCUGCACGGUGACCAGUCUGAGGGUGUGAAGGAUGUCCUCCUUCUGGAUGUGGCGCCUCUCUCACUCGGUAUAGAGACAGCGGGCGGGGUGAUGACGGCUCUCAUCAAACGCAACACCACCAUCCCCACCAAACAACAACAAGUGUUCACCACCUAUUCUGAUAACCAGCCAGGUGUGCUCAUCCAGGUGUACGAGGGCGAGCGCACCAUGACCAAAGAUAACAACCUUCUGGGCAAGUUUGAGUUGAGUGGCAUCCCUCCCGCACCUCGAGGAGUGCCGCAGAUCGAGGUCACCUUCGACAUCGACGCUAACGGCAUCCUCAACGUGUCUGCGGCAGACAAGUCGACAGGCAAGGAGAACAAAAUCACCAUUACCAACGACAAAGGCCGCCUCAGUAAGGAGGAGAUAGAAAGAAUGUUAAAUGAGGCCGAGAAAUACCAGGACGAUGACAACAAACAACGAGAAAGAGUAGAAGUCAAGAAUCGUCUCGAGGCUCUCUGCUUCAGCGUCAAGUCAUCCGUCUCGGAACCUUCAGUUGCCGACAAACUCACCGCUGACGAGAAGCGAUCCAUCGAGGAGAAAGCACAACAAACUCUUAACUGGCUCGACGCCAACCAGCUGGCCGAGAAGGAGGAGUAUGAGCACCAGAUGAAGGAGCUGGAGCAAGCAUGGCGCCCCCUGGCGAGCAAAGUGCACGGACAGGGCGGCGGCCAGGGUGGCGGUGCCUCGUCUGGCUCAGGACCCACCGUUGAGGAGGUCGACUAAACAUUAAUAUGCGCACACACACACACACACACACAUUUGCUUUAGUAUACAUACAAAUAUCUUAACUUAUUUUUUCUAAUACAACGUGUGGAAGAACACUAAUGUAUGUACUCAAUACAGCUGUAACAAGUUGUACGUACAGGUACUCACAGCUGCCAGAUAUGAUCCUCACUAAUAUAAUUAUAAAAUAUUGUUCCUGGAUAUAAUGAUACUGUAUUCAUGAAUGUCUAUUUUUACAAUAUAAUAUAUUACUUAUUUUGA